AUGCAGAACUCUUUUUUAACAUUACCAGGGAAAGACUGCGCAGAUCUUUACAAAAAAGGUGAAAAAAAGAACGGAGUUUAUCAAAUUAACCCUGAUGGUAAGGGUUACUUUAAGGUUUUCUGUGAUAUGAAGUCAUCUGGUGGAGGUUGGACUGUGUUUCAAAGACGUCAAGAUGGAAGUGUAAACUUCUAUCGAGGUUGGAAAGACUAUAAACAAGGUUUUGGUAAUCUGAAAGGCGAAUUCUGUCUUGGAUUGGAUAAAAUAUACCGAUUAACAUCAGCAAAACGAAAUAAACUUCGUGUUGACCUGGGAGACUGGUCAGGAAACAAAGCAUAUGCUAAAUAUGAUUAUUUUGCUGUAAAGAAUGAAAAUAAAAAAUAUCAACUAAGUCUUGGUAAAUAUUCUGGAACAGCUGGAGAUUCAUUAUCCUAUCAUAAAAGCAUGGCGUUUUCAACAAAAGAUUCAGAUAAUGAUAAAGAUGGAAAAAAUUGUGCCGCAUACUACAAAGGUGCUUGGUGGUAUAAAAGUUGUCAUCAUUCCAACCUGAAUGGACACUACUAUAGUAGAGCAUACAGCAGUUGGAGUGGUGUGGUUUGGUAUCAUUGGAAAAACAACAAAAAAUCCUUAAAGUUUUCAGAGAUGAAAAUGAAAAUGUCAAAGAAUUUUUAAUAUUGUGUUUUCUUAACUUUGACAUAUCUUAUGAAACUUCGCAUAAUAUUGACAUUUGAUAAUAACUCUCUAAAUAGAAAUUUUACAAUCAUCGUUCUUUUAAAGGAGCGUGGAAAAAAUUGUUGAAAAAUGUUGUGGUGAAGUAAUAAAUUUUUAUUUUUCCACAAA